GAUGGUGCCUGCCAGGGCACUGGGGCUGCUCCUCUGCGUGCAGCUCUGCGGGGGCAGCGGGGAGCUGCGGCUGGUGGAUGGCGGCGGGCGCUGCGCCGGCCGGGUGGAGGUGAAGCACGAGGGCGAGUGGGGCUCCGUCUGCAGCUACGACUUCGACUGGGACCACCGGGGCGCUGGCGUGGUGUGCCGUCAGCUGGGCUGCGGUGCGGUGGCCCGGGCAUCCCCGUACGCCCCGUUUGGGCAGGGCAAGGGACGCAUCUGGCUGCACCCAAUCUUGUGCAAUGGUACUGAAGCAAACCUUCAUGACUGCUUCCACUUUGGCUGGGGCCAGCACUUCUGUGGCCACGAGUGGGACGUGGGGGUGACCUGCACAGGUGAGGCGGGGUGGUGGACUGGACUGAGUCUGGUCCCUGAUGCAGAGGAACUGGAGCUGCGGCUGGCGGCUGGCAGGGGACCCUGUGAGGGGAGAGUGGAGGUGAAGCUGCGGGGACGCUGGGGCACGGUGGCGGACGACUCCUGGGACAUGGAGGACGCUGAGGUGGUGUGCCAGCAACUGGGCUGCGGCUCAGCCGCUGGCGCCUCCCAAGGUUCCCAGUUUGGUCAAGGAGACGGUCCCAUCAGCUUAGCCUUUAUCAACUGUGACGGGAAUGAGAAGGCCCUCUGGGACUGCAAGAUUCGGGGUUGGGGACCCUAUACCAGCCCAAUUAAAUACGAGAGCACUGUGGUCUGCCAAGGGUUCUCCCGUCUGGCUGGAGGGGACGGCGCCUGCUCGGGGCGGCUGGAGGUGCGGCAGGGCCGGGCCUGGGCCACCGUCUGCCACGGCCACGUGGACCUCAAGGCCGCCCAGGUGGUCUGCAGGGAGCUGGGCUGCGGCACGGCAGUGGCCGUCCCCGGUGCCGGCCAUUUUGGGGCAGCAACGGGGCCGCUCUGGGACGGCGCCUUUGAGUGCAACGGCAGCGAGCCACUCCUCGCCAACUGCGCCCGGAGGCCAACCCACGGCCAGUCCUGUGCUGGCCCCGCUUCUAUCGUCUGCUCACCCUACACCGGUUUCCGUUUGGCGGAUGGCGGCUCGGGCUGCGCCGGGCGGGUGGAGGUGGAGGCGCAGGGGACGUGGGGACCCCUGUGUGCCACCGCCUGGGACCUGCCCGACGCCCAUGUCCUGUGCCGCCACCUGGGCUGCGGCCCUGCCGCCUCCCUGCCCCCAGGAGGCCAUUUCGGGACGGGCACGGCGACGGGGCCGCUGCGGCGCGAUGCCCUGAGCUGCAGCGGGAGCGAGCGGCACCCGGGCGAGUGCCCCGUGGCGGUGCUGGGGGAGCCCGCCUGCCCCCCUGGCCAUGCCGCCGCCGUCAACUGCUCAGGCGCCGCUGAGCCCCUGCGGCUGCUGGACGGGGAGAGCCGGUGCGACGGGCGGCUGGAGGUGGCCACUAGCCCCGGGGACUGGGCCCGUGUGACUGCGGGGCCGUGGGACGACCGAGCUGCCUCCGUGGCUUGCCGGCAGCUGGGCUGCGGUGUGCCAGAGAAGGUCUACGCUGUGCCGGCCGCCAGCUUGGGCCCUGUGGAGCUGCAGGAGCUGCGGUGUGCUGGCACCGAGGAGCGCCUGGCGCAGUGCAACGCCUCGGGGCCUGCCGCAGCGCCCAGCCACAGCCCCACAGAGGCGGCCGUUGCCUGCUCAGGCAGCCGGCGGCUGAGGCUGGCGGGCGGCCCCGGGCGCUGCGCCGGCAGGGUGGAGGUGUACACCGAGGGCGCCUGGGGCACCGUCUGCCAGGACGCCUGGGACCUGCCAGAUGCCGACGUCGUGUGCCGCCAGCUGGGGUGCGGACGGGCCCUGGAGGCGCCCGGCUCUGAGCGCUUCGGGCCCGGCGUGGGGACGCUGUGGCCGGGUGCCGGGGGCUGCUCGGGGAUGGAGGCGGCUGUCUGGGACUGCACAGCCCCAGCACGGCGUGGCUGCCGCCGGGGCGGUGGUGCUGGUGCCGUGUGCUCAGACCCCGUCAAAGCCACGGACGCCGGCUCUGAGGCCGUGUAUGAGGAGCUGGAUUACAGCCUGAUGCCCGAGUACCAGGAGGUGCCCAGCCGCACAGGUGGGAGCAUGGUCGUCCCUGGGGCCUGGGCUUUCCCCAUCCGUGGCUUAGCACACAGUACCCCCUUCUCCACCGCAGGCUCCCUAUCCAAGGGCUCAGGCACGAAGCUGGAUGAUGAUAACUGGGAUGGUUACAAGGAGAAGAGCAACCCCAGCGCAACCCCAGCCCCCCCAGCCCAGCCUGGGCACGGCCCCCCGGAUGGCUACGACGAUGCUGCGGCCGUGCCGGAGAAGCUCCCGGCUCCCCACGGCGGGGACACCCCGGCGCAGUCCUACGGGGACACGGGCUAUGACGACGUUGACAUCAGCACUCUGGGGACAUUGGUGGCAUCUUUGCAGUGCCCUGCCGCCAUGGACGGGUCGUCGGGCUGGGCCUGCUCACUCUGUCGUCAUGACCAGCAUGACGUGGCCUACCUGAUGCCCUGCCUCCACCAGCUUUGCUUGGGCUGUGCGCUGCGGUGGGCCAAGGAGAAGCCGAGUGGCCCCCUGUACGGGGGCAGGCUCCAGUCCAUCAAGUACUCGGUGCGGUCGGCUGACGACUACCUGGAGUGUCCCGUCCAAGAGCCCGCAGAGCAGCAGGAGGACGGCCGGCAGGACGAACAGGGGGCUGCGGGGCCGCUGCUCAGGGCUCCUGAGCGCAGCUUCCCGCCCCAGCUCUGGGCAGCCUUCUUCCGGGAGCAGCUGGCUGACGCCAGGCCCCUGCUGGCGUGGCUGCAAGAGGAGCUGCGGAGGAUCUACGGCAGCCAGUGGUGGGACGUGGCUGUGGUGCAGGGAAUCGUCCUCGCCUCCCUGUGCAUCUUCGGGCUGGACCAGCAGGCCCUGGUGUGGCAGCUGCAGCCUUCCCUCCACAGCCACACGGUGCCCUUCGUGGCACGGCUUGUCACUGUCACUGCAGAGCUGUACAGAACCGAGGUGCGCCGGCAGCGAGACUACCAGGAUGCCCGUGCUGCCGGUGGGCAGGACAGCCCCGCGGUCACCCCCGGCCGGGCCGGCUCUCCCUGGGGGAUGACUGCCACUCGCCCAGGCCGCUGUGCCAGCACCAUGGGCCCCAAUGCCAAGGAGCUCCCGGGCAUCCGUCUCAGGGGUCCCGGGGAGCCCCCCAGCACCCCUGUCACCGCAGAGGAGGAAGACCAACAGGAGGGGCCGGGACAGGCAGCGGCAGCAGGGCCGUCUUCCCGGGGCAGCAGGCCCAACCUCUACGCCCAACCCCAGCUCAGGGGGACACGGGCGCCAGGCAGGCUGGCUCCCCUCGGGGACAUUUGGGUGCUGAGCCCCAGUGGGGAGGCGGGGGGGUGCGUGACGCCAGAAGCAGAGCCGAGUCUCAUAUUUGGGCACGGAGCAGGUUAUUGGAGGCUGGGCCCCGGCAGGCAGCAGAUAACCCUCCUGAUAGCGGCUCACAAGGUGCCUCCGCCGCCCCCAUUGGCUCCUGCCAGCGGGGGCUGCCUAUAUAUCCCCCUCCCCGCUGCGGGGCUGCGUCGGGCACUGGGGUCAGGAUGGUGCCUGCCAGGGCACUGGGGCUGCUCCUCUGCGUGCAGCUCUGCGGGGGUGAGUGGUGGGGCUGGCCGUGGGGCAGGGGCUGGCCGUGGGGCAGUGGGCAAGCGGUGGGGCAGGGAGCAGCCGUGGGGCAGGCACCCCCCGGGCUCAGCAAGGUCCCUGGGGUUGCCCGCAGGCAGCGGGGAGCUGCGGCUGGUGGAUGGCGGCGGGCGCUGCGCCGGCCGGGUGGAGGUGAAGCACGAGGGCGAGUGGGGCUCCGUCUGCAGCUACGACUUCGACUGGGACCACCGGGGCGCUGGUGUGGUGUGCCGUCAGCUGGGCUGCGGUGCAGUGGCCCGGACAUCCCCGCACGCCCCGUUUGGGCAGGGCAAGGGACGCAUCUGGCUGCACCCCUUCUUCUGCCGUGGGACAGAAGCCACCUUACAGGAGUGCCUCCACUAUGGCUGGGGCAAACACUUCUGUGGCCACGAGUGGGACGUGGGCGUGACCUGCACAGAGGCGGUGGAGCUGCGGCUGGUGGCUGGCAGGGGACCCUGUGAGGGGAGAGUGGAGGUGAAGCUGCGGGGACACUGGGGCACAGUGGCGGACAAUGCCUGGGACAUGGAGGACGCCGAGGUGGUGUGCCAGCAGAUGGGCUGCGGCUCGGCUCUUGGUGCCCACCACAGCUCCCUCUUUGGCCAAGCGGACGGUCCCAUCAGUUUAGCCUUUAUCAACUGUGCCGGAAACGAGAAGGCCCUUUGGGACUGCAAGAUUCGGGGUUGGGGACCCUAUACCAGAAGUGCUAUAUAUAACAGGGCUGUAGUCUGCCAAGGGUUCUCCCGUCUGGCUGGAGGGGACGGCGCCUGCUCGGGGCGGCUGGAGGUGCGGCAGGGCCGGACCUGGGCCACCGUCUGCCACGGCCACGUGGACCUCAAGGCCGCCCAGGUGGUCUGCAGGGAGCUGGGCUGCGGCACGGCAGUGGCCGUCCCCGGUGCCGGCCAUUUUGGGGCAGCAAUGGGGCCGCUCUGGGACGGCGCCUUUGAGUGCAACGGCAGCGAGCCACUCCUCGCCAACUGCGCCCGGAGGCCAACCCACGGCCAGUCCUGUGCUGGCCCCGCUUCUAUCGUCUGCUCACCCUACACCGGUUUCCGUUUGGCGGAUGGCGGCUCGGGCUGCGCCGGGCAGGUGGAGGUGGAGGCGCAGGGGACAUGGGGACCCCUGUGUGCCACCGCCUGGGACCUGCCCGACGCCCAUGUCCUGUGCCGCCACCUGGGCUGCGGCCCUGCCGCCUCCCUGCCCCCAGGAGGCCAUUUCAGGACGGGCACGGCAACAGGGCCGCUGCGGCGCGAUGCCCUGAGCUGCAGCGGGAGCGAGCGGCACCCGGGCGAGUGCCCCGUGGCGGUGCUGGGGGAGCCCGCCUGCCCCCCUGGCCAUGCCGCCGCCGUCAACUGCUCAGGCGCCGCUGAGCCCCUGCGGCUGCUGGACGGGGAGAGCCGGUGCGACGGGCGGCUGGAGGUGGCCACUAGCCCCGGGGACUGGGCCCGUGUGACUGCGGGGCCGUGGGACGACCGAGCUGCCUCCGUGGCUUGCCGGCAGCUGGGCUGCGGUGUGCCAGAGAAGGUCUACGCUGUGCCGGCCGCCAGCUUGGGCCCUGUGGAGCUGCAGGAGCUGCGGUGUGCUGGCACCGAGGAGCGCCUGGCGCAGUGCAACGCCUCGGGGCCUGCCGCAGCGCCCAGCCACAGCCCCACAGAGGCGGCCGUUGCCUGCUCAGGCAGCCGGUGGCUGAGGCUGGCGGGCGGCCCCGGGCACUGCGCCGGCAGGGUGGAGGUGUACACCGAGGGCGCCUGGGGCACCGUCUGCCAGGACGCCUGGGACCUGCCAGAUGCCGACGUCGUGUGCCGCCAGCUGGGGUGCGGACGGGCCCUGGAGGCGCCCGGCUCUGAGCGCUUCGGGCCCGGCGUGGGGACGCUGUGGCCGGGUGCCGGGGGCUGCUCGGGGAUGGAGGCGGCUGUCUGGGACUGCCCAGCCCCAGCACGGCGUGGCUGCCGCCGGGGCGGUGGUGCCGGUGCCGUGUGCUCAGGGCUGCUGCGUCUGGCGGGGGGCACCAGCAGCUGCAGCGGGCACCUGGAGGUGCUGCGCGAGGGGACGUGGGGCCGCGUGUGUGCCAACGACACCAGCCCCGCCACAGCUGCCGUUGUCUGCCGCCAGCUGGGCUGUGGCACCGGGGGGAGGCUGGAGGCCGUCCCCGCACAGGGCUCUGUCCCCGCCUGGCUGGGCUGGGUGCAAUGCCAGGAGGGGGCCCCCUCGCUCUGGCGCUGCCCCUCGGCGCCCUGGCACCUGCAGUCCUGCGGCCCUGCCGGGGUCACCCACAUCACGUGUGACGAGGACACCGAGGGCACAAGCGGGGCCACCACAACUGCAGGUGUCACCAGCAGCGUUGCCCCACUGACAGCAGUGUCGGGGAGCGUGCCGGUGCCCACGGUCCUGUGCGUGCUCCUGGGGACGUUGCUGGGCCUGGCCCUGGCAGCCCUGGCUGUGCAGGCACACCGCGCACGGGUGGAACGCCGAGACCCCGUCAAAGCCACGGACGCCGGCUCUGAGGCCGUGUAUGAGGAGCUGAAUUACAGCCUGAUGCCCGAGUACCAGGAGGUGCCCAGCCGCACAGGUUCCCUAUCCAAGGGCUCAGGCACGAAGCUGGAUGAUGAUAACUGGGAUGGUUACAAGGAGAAGAGCAACCCCAGCGCAACCCCAGCCCCCCCAGCCCAGCCUGGGCACGGCCCCCUGGAUGGCUACGACGAUGCUGCGGCCGUGCCGGAGAAGCUCCCGGCUCCCCACGGCGCGGACGCUCCGGCGCAGCCCCACAGGGACAUGGGCUAUGACGACGUUGAUGGAGGCAACCGCACCUCCCACUUGAGUGUUAUCAGCAAACUUGCUGAGGAUGCAUUCCAUUUCUGCAUCCGGAUCAUGGAUAAAAAUGUUCCCCAGAGAUGGUUAAGGUUGGUGGCAUCUUUGCAGUGCCCUGCCGCCAUGGACGGGUCGUCGGGCUUGGUCUGCUCACUCUGUCGUCAUGACCAGCAUGACGUGGCCUACCUGAUGCCCUGCCUCCACCAGCUUUGCUUGGGCUGUGCGCUGCGGUGGGCCAAGGAGAAGCCGAGUGGCCCCCUGUACGGGGGCAGGCUCCAGUCCAUCAAGUACUCGGUGCGGUCGGCUGACGACUACCUGGAGUGUCCCGUCCAAGAGCCCGCAGAGCAGCAGGAGGACGGCCGGCAGGACGAACAGGGGGCUGCGGGGCCGCUGCUCAGGGCUCCUGAGCGCAGCUUCCCGCCCCAGCUCUGGGCAGCCUUCUUCCGGGAGCAGCUGGCUGACACCAGGCCCCUGCUGGCGUGGCUGCAAGAGGAGCUGCGGAGGAUCUACGGCAGCCAGUGGUGGGACGUGGCUGUGGUGCAGGGAAUCGUCCUCGCCUCCCUGUGCAUCUUCGGGCUGGACCAGCAGGCCCUGGUGUGGCAGCUGCAGCCUUCCCUCCACAGCCACACGGUGCCCUUCGUGGCACGGCUUGUCACCGUCACUGCAGAGCUGUACAGAACCGAGGUGCGCCAGCAGCAGGACCGCCGGGAUGCCUGCAGCGGGGAGCUGCAGCUGGUGGAUGGCGGCGGGCGCUGCGCCGGCCGGGUGGAGGUGAAGCACGAGGGCGAGUGGGGCUCCGUCUGCAGCUACGACUUCGACUGGGACCACCGGAGUGCUGGCGUGGUGUGCCGUCAGCUGGGCUGCGGUGCGGUGGCCCAGGCAUCCCCAUACGCCCUGUUUGGGCAGGGCAAGGGACGCAUCUGGCUGCAUCCCUUCUUCUGCCUUGGGACAGAAGCCACCUUGCAGGAGUGCCCGAACUUCGGCUGGGGCCAGCACUUCUGCGACCAUGACAGGGACGUGGGGGUGACCUGCACAGAGGCGCUGGAGCUGCGGCUGGCGGCUGGCAGGGGACCCUGUGAGGGGAGAGUGGAGGUGAAGCUGCGGGGACGCUGGGGCACGGUGGCGGACAAUGCCUGGGACAUGGAGGACGCCGAGGUGGUGUGCCAGCAGAUGGGCUGCGGCUCGGCUCUUGGUGCCUACCACAGCUCCCUCUUUGGCCACGCAGAAGGUUCUAUCAGCUUGGGCUUUGUUGACUGCCAUGGGGCUGAGAAGGCCCUCUGGGACUGCAAGAUUCAAGGCUGGAGACCCUACAAUGCCCCUCAUGACUAUGACACUGCUGUGGUCUGCCAAGGGUUCUCCCGUCUGGCUGGAGGGGACGGCGCCUGCUCGGGGCGGCUGGAGGUGCGGCAGGGCCGGGCCUGGGCCACCGUCUGCCACGGCCACGUGGACCUCAAGGCCGCCCAGGUGGUCUGCAGGGAGCUGGGCUGCGGCACGGCAGUGGCCGUCCCCGGUGCCGGCCAUUUUGGGGCAGCAACGGGGCCGCUCUGGGACGGCGCCUUUGAGUGCAACGGCAGCGAGCCACUCCUCGCCAACUGCGCCCGGAGGCCAACCCACGGCCAGUCCUGUGCUGGCCCCGCUUCUAUCGUCUGCUCACCCUACACCGGUUUCCGUUUGGCGGAUGGCGGCUCGGGCUGCGCCGGGCGGGUGGAGGUGGAGGCGCAGGGGACAUGGGGACCCCUGUGUGCCACCGCCUGGGACCUGCCCGACGCCCAUGUCCUGUGCCGCCACCUGGGCUGCGGCCCUGCCGCCUCCCUGCCCCCAGGAGGCCAUUUCAGGACGGGCACGGCAACAGGGCCGCUGCGGCGCGAUGCCCUGAGCUGCAGCGGGAGCGAGCGGCACCCGGGCGAGUGCCCCGUGGUGGUGCUGGGGGAGCCCGCCUGCCCCCCUGGCCAUGCCGCCGCCGUCAACUGCUCAGGCGCCGCUGAGCCCCUGCGGCUGCUGGACGGGGAGAGCCGGUGCGACGGGCGGCUGGAGGUGGCCACUAGCCCCGGGGACUGGGCCCGUGUGACUGCGGGGCCGUGGGACGACCGAGCUGCCUCCGUGGCUUGCCGGCAGCUGGGCUGCGGUGUGCCAGAGAAGGUCUACGCUGUGCCGGCCGCCAGCUUGGGCCCUGUGGAGCUGCAGGAGCUGCGGUGUGCUGGCACCGAGGAGCGCCUGGCGCAGUGCAACGCCUCGGGGCCUGCCGCAGCGCCCAGCCACAGCCCCACAGAGGCGGCCGUUGCCUGCUCAGGCAGCCGGCGGCUGAGGCUGGCGGGCGGCCCCAGGCGCUGCGCCGGCAGGGUGGAGGUGUACACCGAGGGCGCCUGGGGCACCGUCUGCCAGGACGCCUGGGACCUGCCAGAUGCCGACGUCGUGUGCCGCCAGCUGGGGUGCGGACGGGCCCUGGAGGCGCCCGGCUCUGAGCGCUUCGGGCCCGGCGUGGGGACGCUGUGGCCGGGUGCCGGGGGCUGCUCGGGGACGGAGGCGGCUGUCUGGGACUGCCCAGCCCCAGCACGGCGUGGCUGCCGCCGGGGCGGUGGUGCCGGUGCCGUGUGCUCAGGGCUGCUGCGUCUGGCGGGGGGCAGCAGCAGCUGCAGCGGGCACCUGGAGGUGCUGCGCGAGGGGACGUGGGGCCGCAUGUGCGCCAACGACACCAGCCCCGCCACAGCUGCCGUUGUCUGCCGCCAGCUGGGCUGUGGCACCGGGGGGAGGCUGGAGGCCGUCCCCGCACAGGGCUCUGUCCCCGCCUGGCUGGGCUGGGUGCAAUGCCAGGAGGGGGCCCCCUCGCUCUGGCGCUGCCCCUCGGCGCCCUGGCACCUGCAGUCCUGCGGCCCUGCCGGGGUCACCCACAUUGCCUGUGACGAGGACAGCGAGGGCACGAGCGGGGCCACCACAACUGCAGGUGUCACCAGCAGCGUUGCCCCACUGACAGCAGUGUCGGGGAGCGUGCCGGUGCCCACGGUCCUGUGCGUGCUCCUGGGGACGUUGCUGGGCCUGGCCCUGGCAGCCCUGGCUGUGCAGGCACACCGCGCACGGGUGCGACGCCGAGACCCCGUCAAAGCCACGGACGCCGGCUCUGAGGCCGUGUAUGAGGAGCUGGAUUACAGCCUGAUGCCCGAGUACCAGGAGGUGCCCAGCCGCACAGGCUCCCUAUCCAAGGGCUCAGGCAUGAAUCCGAUGAUAAACAGCAGGGAUGGCAAUGAGGAGGACAGCGACACCGGGGCGGUUCCAGCCCCCCCAGCCCAGCCUGGGCACGGCCCCCCGGAUGGCUACGACGAUGCUGCGGCCGUGCCGGAGAAGCCCCCUGCUCCCCACAGCGGGGACGCCCUGGCGCAGCCCCACGGGGACUCGGGCUAUGACGACGUUGAUGUCAGCACCCUGGGGACAGCGCCGUGAGGAGACCCUGGGGACAUGGCUGCAAGAGGGGGCUCCGGCCCCAGGGAGGGGUGGCCGUGCCCCUGGGGGGGCACCCGUCCCUGCCCAGCCCUCAGCACACUGCAGAAAUGGCUCCAUCAGCCCGCCCGCACCCAUUCCCCAAGGUCACGCCACGGUCCUUGUGAAGUUUUUCAGCAUGGCCUUUCCCUGCACAGCGCU